AUGGCUGAUGCUACAGUGGGAAACCGACCCUCGGUUCGCUAUUUUUGCCACAGAUGUAACAUUUAUAUGUUUGAAGAUAUUGUGGAGAACUACACAUGUCCAUUUUGUGAAAGUGGAUUCCUUGAGAAGCUGGAAAAUGGAGCAGAUAGACCUUCACAGCAGAGUCAAACAUUUAGUGAUGCCAACAUGAGCAACACCAAUGAUGCUAAUAAUAGGGGCAAUACUAAUCGCCGAGGAUUUACAUUGAAUAAUGUGCCGAACAUUCUACAAGAUGUGGUGUUCCUGAUGUCAGGGAAUCGGUUAAGUGAAGCGACUAGACAUCGUCUUAGGAAUGAGGUGCGCUCAUCAAUGUUGAAUCGUCGCCACGGUAAUCGUCCACCAGGAGCCAGGACUUUAGGCUUUCUGAGAUCACCAGGAGACUAUGUGUUCGGAGGAGAAGCUCUGGAUGCAGUGGUGACCCAGCUCAUGGGUCAGUUGGAGUACUCAGGGGCUCCACCGAUGCCUAGAGAUAUCCUCAGUGCCAUCCCCAGUGAACCUGUCACCGAGGAACAGGCAGCCGCUAACAUGCCUUGCUCUGUUUGCUGGGACAACUUUCUGUUAGGUGAAAUGGUGUCCCGCCUAGAGUGUGAGCACAUAUUCCACUCGAGCUGCAUAAACCCGUGGCUAGAGCUUCACGCCACGUGCCCCGUGUGCCGGUGCUCUCUGCUCCCGGCCAAUCACCGCCCAGAGCCACGAGCGUCUGCUCCCGCAUCCGACGGCUCCACUACCACCACCUCCAGCUCUAACACCACUACCAACACCACUAACACCACUCACACUCGUCCGCCGCGACACCUGACCUUUAUAUCCCCCCGCGUAGUAAUCCAUCGUUCGACACACCCGAUGUUCCGUCGGGGGUUCCACACCCACACUUGGGAUUCCCCACGCGAUAUGAGCACUUCUUCAGAUUCUAGUGCUUCUGUGACUUCAGACGGUCGGUGGGCACCUCAGACCCAGUCUGAUACCAGCACAGACUCUUCGUCGUCCGUUAAUAGAACGCAAAAUUACCACACCGAUUUCGACUGCGAUUAA